AUGGGGAUAGGAUUGUUCCAAGGAGCUACUAACUUCUUUCUGAAUGGAAUUGUUUUAUCUGUUUUGUAUGGAGGAUCUUCUCUCAUAAAUUCAGGUAGACCUAAGUUGAUAGUCGGAAGUUACCUGGAGAAUGUUACAGGCCAAAUGUCUCCUGGAGAACUGAUGUCAUUCCUUGUCACUGCGCAAACCAUCCAGAGGUCACUGAGUCAGCUUUCUGUAGUAUUUGGAAACGCUGUACGAGGUUGGACUGCUGGUGCAAGAGCGUUUGAGUUUGUCAACCUGCGCCCAUCCAUUCCAAAUAAUGAUGGUGUCUGCAUCCCUUACCAUACAUUAUGGGGAGAAGUACGAUUUGAAGAUGUAGACUUUGCAUACCCGACACGACCAGACCAUCAAGUGUUCGAGAAGUUGAAUCUCACUAUACCGGCUGGUCAGAUUGUGGCCCUUUGUGGACCCAGCGGAAAAACAACUAUAACCUCCCUGCUGGAACGUUUUUAUGAACCAGUCUCUGGUCGAGUGCUUUUGGACAAUCAAGAUCUGAAGACUCUGAAUGUAGAGUGGUUACGCGGUCAGGUCAUUGGGCUAAUCUCUCAAGAACCUGUUCUGUUUGCAACUACCAUCGAAGAAAAUAUACGCUACGGCCGACCUGGAGCCACUCGUAAGGAGGUCAUCAAAGCUGCUAAGCUAGCGAAUGCGCAUGAUUUCAUUGCCAAGUUCCCUGAUGGAUAUAGCACAGUGGUAGGAGAGCGUGGAGCACAGUUGUCCGGAGGCCAGAAGCAGCGAAUUGCAAUAGCAAGGGCAUUGUUGAAAGAUCCACCCAUACUCGUCCUUGAUGAAGCAACUAGUGCUCUCGAUUCCGAAAGCGAGCGUUUGGUGAGCUGA